AUGCGCGUCCGCGUCGCGGGCCUCCCCCCCACGCUCGACCCCGGCGAGACCGAACCCCUCCCCGGGUCGUUCGACGCCGCGGUGACGCGAUGGGGUCACGUCGCGUGGGCGGGCGAGAACGGCGUGUGCGUGUGGGGCGGCGCCCCCGGCGCGGACGGCAAGGAGGUCCUCGUCCUCGGCCGCGACGCCGCGCGACGGCGGACGCGGAAGCUCACGACGGGCGAGGCGCCGAUCGCGAGGGAGGCGCACUCGGUCGCGCCCGUCACCCGAAACGCGUCCACCGCGCGCGUCAUCUUCGGCGGCUUCGCGGAGGAGCGCGGCGGCGACGCGAUCGGCGACGACGACGACGCGCGCCGCGCGUCGCACGGCCGCCCGCUGAACGACGCGCAUCUCCUCGACGAUAAGCUCGCGUGGCGCCGCCUGCGACCGAAGGGCGCGGAGCCGACGCCGAGAGGCGAUCACGCCGCGGUCGCGAUCGCGCACGACAAGGUGCUCGUGCACGGCGGAUGCACGUCGCGCGGUCCGGGCUCGCCCGCGAUUCUCCUAAACGAUUGCCACGUCCUCACCGUCCAAUGCCGCGGCGCCGCGUGGACGUCCUCGGUGAAGAUCGAGUCGCGGUGGGACGCGAUCGCGAACGCGACGGGCGCGAAGCCGUCGCCGCGGUCGAACCACACCGCCGUGCACGUCCCGGACGGCGACUUCGGCGACGACUUGGAGCGACGCCUCGGCGACGAAGCUUCCGGCGCGAUGAGAAUACCGGACGCGCGGCACGGCGGCGGCGUCGUCUACGUCUUCGGCGGGGCUGUGAACGUGAAUAAAACGGACCGUUCGCGAGCGUUAGUGGACGUCAGCGACGACCUCUUCGCGUACGACGUCGACGACCGGCGGUGGAGCAAGCUCCGGAGGCCGUACGUCACGAGCGGGAAGAGCAAGAGGUGGCCGAGCGCGCGGUGCGGGCACAGCGCCGACGUGGUGCGCGCGUCGGCGCUCGGCGCGGCGGCCAGAGACGCCGGGUGGUCGUCGGACAGCCGCGUCAUGCUCGUGUACGGCGGGAUCGACGCGAAAGGAAACGCGCUGAACGAUCUCUGGGCGCACUGCUUCGACGCGAAGGAGUGGGCGGAGGUUUCGCUGGGCCCCCGCGACGGCGCGGGCGCGCCGCCGCCGCGGUUUUUGCACACGGCGACGGCGUGCCACGGCGGCCGGUUCGUCGUCGUCGGCGGGAUCGAGGCGCCGGGGGCGGCGAACGGCGCCGCGAGCUUAGCGAGCGAGUUCGAGGUGACGCUGGAGAGCGCGGGCGAGCCGUUCGAGCCGUUCGCGCUGGAGAUUCCGCUGAGCGAGAUGGAGGAGGAGGAGGACGCGGAGGAGGAGGAGGAGGAGGAGGAGGAGGAGGAAGAAAAAGAAGCGGAAGCCUCGCCCGCGCGCCCGGCGGCGGCGGCGGCGGCGAAACCGCCUAGCCGCGUCCCCGCGUCCCCGCGCGUGAUCAAGAGCGCGGGGCCGCUGAAGAAGCGCGCGACCGCGACCGCGACCGCGACCGCCGCGGUCGUCCCCCCGAAACGCGAGCGCACGCCGCUGCCGGCGGCGCCGCCGCCGGCGCGCGACGAAGACGACGACGACUGCGAGACGACUGAAAUUUUGGACGCCGCGACGCGAGGCAAGCAGGGGUCGACGCCGUCGCCCGAGGUCACCGCGCAGUUUGGCGCGUCGUCCGCGAAGGUGGAGAAGGGAGAUGAGAUCGUCCAGAGACUGAAGACGGUCGCGGAGCGGCCGCGGCAGCCCGAGGGAGCGGCGACGGCGAGACGAGGCCCCGCUACGGGAGAGCGGGGACGCUCGGAUGAGGACGCGCCGUCGACGAAACGCGCCAAGGUGGCCUCCGACGACGACGACGACGACGCCGACGCCGUCGCCGAUGAGGACGGCGAUCGCGGCGGCCCCGACGGCGGGCGCGGCGGGCGAGGCGGCGGGCGAGGACGCGGACGAGGCAGAGGCCGCGGCCGCGGCAGAGGAAAACAGGAGGAGGAGGAGGAGGAGGAGGCGCCGCCGCGAAACUGGCGCGCCGCCGCGAGGACGGUUCCGGAGAUCGCGCAGCCGGGCGUGCGCGUCGUGACCGACGCGGCGGACGCCGCCGCCGCUGACGACGACGACGACGACGACGACGACGACUCGAGCGAAGAAGACGCCGCCGCGCCGACGACGGCGGCGGCGGCGGCGGCGGCGAACCCGGCGACCGCGAGAGCCGCCGCGCACGCGGGCAGGGUGAUCGCGGCGCCGGGUUUCCGAACCGUGAACGACGACGCGCCGAGCUCGGAGUCCGACUCCGAGUCGGACGGCGGCGGCGCGGGGGAAGACGACGACGACGACGACGACGACGACGACGACGACGACGGAGACGACGACGACGACGACGACGCGGAGAUGGACGAGGGGUUCCGGCUGUCCCCGACCGCGGUGGAAGGCGCGGCGGUCGACGUGGGGCAAGCUGCCAACGGCGCCGGCGCUGGCGCCGCCGCCGGCCCGAGUAACAGUAAGAGCUCCGGCGCCGUGGGGCUCCGCGCCGCGGACGCCGCGGACGCCGCGCUCGUUCAAGUCGAUACUGCGCCGCGCGACGCCGUGUCGGACGGCGGCGGCGGCGGCGGCGGCGGCGACGACGACGACGACCUGGAGCCCUUAAACACGUGGGCGGACGUCGGCAACGCCGCCGUCGGCGACGCCACCUCCCCCGCCGCGCCGGACGACGACGCGAACGCCGCGUUGGUCGCCGCCGCGUUGGCCGUCCCCGUUCCGAGCGACGGCCAAUCCUUCCACCUGUUCAAGACGUGGCUGUCGAUGACGCGCGACAGCGGCAUCGAGGGCUUCGACGACGGAUUCGUCCCGAGGAGCCAGCGCGAGUUUGAAGAACGCGUCUCGGCCGCGUGGGGGGUCAUGACGGCGGAAAAGCGCGUGCACUGGUGCCAUCACGCGAGGGACGUCCUCGCGCUCCACGCGAGGCGCGCGGCGGCGAGGUUGAUCGCGGGCGGCGGCGCGGGAUCGGGCGAGGCGCGCGCCGCGACGUCGAGGUCGAGGUCAUCGGACGACGGCGACGGCGACGGCGCCGCGACGGCGACGGCGACGACGGACGCUAUGGACGUCGACGACGACGACGACGAAACAGAGAACGCCACGUCAUCAGACGACGACGACGUCGCGGUCGACGCGGUCGACGACGACGCGGACGCGGACUACGCCGCGAACCCGUACGGCGACGUGGAGCGGAUAGGCGCGAGCAUCGACCCGGGCACCGGCGUCGUCACCGGAGGGUUCGACGCGGGGUACUUCGUGCGGUGCGAAAUCGGCGGCGAGCGGUUCCGCGGGAUGCUUUUUUCUCCCGUGCUCACGACGCAGUGGCGGCGCGGGAGCGGCGGCGACGGUCGCGACCGGUCCACGCUCGUGCUUCCGUCGUACUGUUACCCGGGGUCGUUGGGGUUCGACGGCUCGAUCGACGCGGUGGGGUUCACGAACGACGCCGGCGCCGCGGGAGCGGCGCCGGAGACGUGGCGCGUCACCUCGGACGGCGCGAACGUCCCCCCGUCCGCGGUGUACGCGGCGGCGGCGGCGGCGCGCGGGACCCGGGGCGAGAAAAAGGCGGCGCCCGAGGCGCCCGAGGCGAACGGCGGCGGCGCCGGCGGCGGCGGCGGCGAGCGCGCGCGACGGACGAAGUCGGAAGCCGCGGUCCAGGCGGCGCUCGCGAAGGCGCUCCGCGACGAUGUGGACGCGAAGAGACGCCGCGAGACUCCCGUGAACGUCGAUCUCGACCUGGACCUGGACAUCGACGACGUGCCGAUCGGGAAGCUCGGGGAGGUGACGGCGGCGGCGGCGGCGGCGGCGAAGCCGCGCGGCCGCGGCCGGCCGAAGGGCGCGACGAACAGGGAGAAAAAACCGGGGAAGUCGACGCCGGCGCCGACCGGGGCGCCGGAAUGA